UUUUCUCCGCCUUUCUGUUCACAAAAUUUAAAUUAGCAUCAUGAUGAAUGAAUACGAAAGAAUGAAACUUGAAUGUUAAGUGGUCGUGAAACAUAAGAAUGUGGCGGAAAAUUUGAGAUGUGUUGCUUGUUAUUAAUUAAUCAAUAAUAAAAGAAACAGAUAGAUUAGAUUUGGUAGAUGGGUUCAAGUAGCAGCAAGUCCAAUCCUACCGCCGCUUCCCCGUCGCCGUCUUCAGUUGUCUGGAAGAAGACUCUAUCCGGCCGAAGCUGAGUUUUCCGGUCAUCUUGUAUCAGAUCUACCGGCGUUGACAGUGACUGCUCACAGAUAUCCAAACACGGGUCCAAUUGAAAUUCUAGCACUGCACCCAGUGUGCAUGAAAAUGUGUCUGGAGUAGAAACAGAUGAAUGUUAUGAAAACGAUAAAACAGAUCAGCCGGAUGAUAACAAUGUGAGUUCUGAUGUGGAGCUUGAUGAGUGGCGUCAAUCAAGAUGUUAUGGAAUUGUGCCCAGAGUGUUUGGUUCUUCUUCAGAUGCUUCCACUCCGGAUGGUAAUAUCAGCUAUAGAUUAAGCAGAGGAUUUGAAUCAGGAUCAUCAUCAUAUCAAGCUCCUCCUUCAUCCUCAACAAGUUUUGUGAUUUCAAACAACGAAAAUGCUCUUCAUCUUCACUCGUGUUCACCCAUUAGGUUUGCUAACAGAAGCGUGAGGCCAUCUAAUUGUGAUUUGUUCCCCGCAUGCUUUGGUAAUGGAUCAUCUCGUAGGGAAAUAAGUCAAGAUUUUUCCUCCAACCACACAGAUGAUUCACAACACAACCAACAUUUAGGAAGUUGUACUCAUAGUAUUGAGAGAAGAGUUGGUAAUAGAACCACAUCUCGUGCUGCUCCUGCUGGAAGGAACAUUCAAUUCAGCAGAACGUUGAGUGUUGGUAGACUUCGUGAUAGAGUUCUUCGAAGAUCGCGUUUCCCUCACGAGGUUUGUCUUUCUCACAGAGAGAUUGAGGUGAGACAUGUGAGUAGGGGUCAUGAUUUGGUUGGAGUAAGAAAUUUGAUAUCUAAAGGGAAUGACUUAGUUCGCCCUGACCAUGCACCAUCAUCUGGUGUCUCAAGUUCCUCCUCAUAUCAUGAUAUUUCAAGAGGAAGAGAUGUCUUGUAUCAUGAACUCAUGGAGCAUAUAUCAAAUUUCCUAGAGCGGCGAAGAAGGAUAAGAUCUCAGGUACAUGCGCUUCGAAGGCUAGGAAGCCAUUUUGAGAACUUCUCUGGACAUGCAAGAUCUUGUAUUUCAUCUAGCCAACAUACAUUAGGCCACUGCCGCUGUCGUAGAAGUAUGCGUGAAGCUAAUUCAGACAAUCAUGUCAGAACAAGAGACAACAUAUCUAGAAUUGUUAUGUUAGCUGAAGCUUUGUUUGAGGUUCUGGAUGAAAUUCAUCAGCAAUCUCUAGUGCUAUCCUCCCGGCCUCACGUGUCUUCAAUUGGAUCGCUUCCGGCACCUAAUGAUGUGGUGGAAUCCUUGCCGGUGAAAGUGUACUACAACAACUCAGAUAAAAAAGUGAGAGAAGAUGAUGCAAAAUGUUACAUAUGCCUCAUUGACUAUGAGGGUGGAGACAAUCUGCGAGUAAUGCCUUGCCACCACGAAUUUCAUUUGACAUGUGUAGACAAAUGGCUGAAAGAAGUUCACAGGGUCUGCCCACUUUGCCGAGGUGAUGUCUGUAAACCUGAAAGGUAGAAGCUGUGAUGCUGCUGAAAUGCCACUGACAUUUUGAACGACGUCGAGGGACAGAGAGAGCACUUGCUCAAUUUGCUUGCUUGCUUGCUUGCUUGAGUUUUUGUUUUCGAGUCUUGUUUUUUUUUGUGUGUGUGUUGUAUAUGAUGCCAUGCCACAAGUUGGCUUAAGACACCACUUUUAUUUGAUGUUUUUAUUACAGCAUUAAUCAAUUAAUGCAGGGUCUGUUGUAUCCUAACCCACUUGAUGAUGGAAUCCCACAAAUCAAUGGCUUCAUGUAAUUUAUAUUUAUAAUUUCAAAG